CAGCCAUCGGAAGCAGUCGCAUAAGUGUAAAAGAGAAAUAAAAAAGUGUCAGCAAAGCGAAAAUUUACGAUUUAUCCUCAAAACGUGAUCGCAAACCGGCAAAAGAGAACACAGCAGCUGAACGUGCCAAUGCAGGUCAAACUCUGGCGUGCGCUCUAAAUUUUUAAUUUAACGUCAACGAACACAGAAAUCACAGUCACAAUGCGUGAAGGAAUCGGGGUGAAAAACGAGAGCGAAUCUGACACAGUGGGUCGAUAGGCGUAAAAAUUUUAUUGAGUCAUGCGACCGAUCGAUUUCGCUUACCGGCUGCUACCGGGCAUCAAAUGGUUACACGGCUAUACGACGCAGGAUGCCGUGGCUGAUAUGAUUGCAGGCAUUACAGUGGGUCUAACAGUGCUACCGCAGGGUUUGGCCUAUGCGACGCUCGCUGGGCUGGAGCCACAAUAUGGACUCUAUUCUGCAUUUAUUGGCGGCAUUGUGUAUGCCUUCUUGGGCAGCUGUCGACAAGUCACCAUCGGUCCCACAGCUUUGCUGGCGCUAAUGACUAGCCGGCAUACAAGUUUCGGGUUGAAUUCAGGUCCAGCUUAUGCGAUAUUGCUGUGCUUGAUCUCAGGAAUUGUUGAGCUUCUAAUGGCUGUGCUGCGCUUAGGCGCACUGGUUGAUUUAAUUUCACUGCCAGUUACCGUCGGUUUCACCUCAGCAACGGCGGUUAUUAUUGGCACCUCCCAGCUGAAAGGCCUACUGGGCAUUCGUGGUGGUGGCGGUGGUUCCGGAUUUUUAAAUACAAUGAAGUCCGUCUUUAUGAAUUUAGACAAAAUACGCUACGGCGAUUUUACGUUAGGCAUAAUUGCUAUUACCGUCUUGCUACUGCUGAGGGUAAGUAAAUGGUAGAAUUUGAACUCCAGAAAGUUUUAGUUUUAAUUUGAAUUUACUUUAUUGUAAGCAGAAUAUCGAGUGUGCUAGACCACAUAGAGUUAUUAAACCAAACACAGAAUGCUUUCGAAGUAGUUAAGGGUUCGUUCUGCAGACCCAGAUUCCUUUGUCUGGUUUACGCAGUAUUUAA